UGGCUGGUGAAUCUUGGAAUUCAAGUGCAUCCUGGACUUGAAUUGAUCAAUCGUUUUGUUCCCUGGUUAGACAGUGCAUAUUCAGAAAGAGGUUUGCGAUACGUAGUGAAGGAGGGAAGCAAGAGCAAGCGACGUCACCAGCUACCGCCUCUACCUAACAAAGCUCGCCGCGCUGACAGUUUACAUGGACCCCACCCCAACCAGUCAACGCGUGCGAGCUACACCAACCCCAACAACACUCUCAUCUUCAACUGUAGCGUCAUCCACCUGUAAUGUCUGAAGCUGCACCCGACAACGACGCUCUGAUCGCCCAGCUUGCUAGCCUUACUGGCCUCGAUCCUGCAACAGCUGAACGCUACCUGAACGCUUCCAACGGAGAUCUCACCCUCGCUGCAUCGCUCUUCUUUGACGAGGCUCAGGAGCAACAAGAAGGAACUUCCGAACCAGACGUCGACAUGGCCGGCGACGAGCCAAACACAGACCCUACCCAGAACCCUCCGCCCACCGGAGCUGGUGGUGGACGCACUCUCGGGGGCGCAUAUGUACCCUCGCCGGCGCCAGCGGCAUCUUCAUCAUCAGCGCAGCCUGCUGCUGCUCGUGGACAGCCUACACAGAGAGGUGUGGCAGGUGCUCGCACGCUGAGGGACCUGCAGGCAUCGGGCGGUGGCGGACACGGACACGCCCACGAUGACGACGACGAUGAUGACCACGCCGACGACGAGAACCAGGACUUCUUUGCCGGUGGUGAGAAGUCUGGCCUGGCUGUCCAGAACCCCAACCAGUCGAAUCCGCGCGACCAGAUCAACAACAUCUUGAAGCGGGCACGACAGAACGCUCCCCGUCCAGGCGGUGACGACGAGCAACCAGCUAGCUCGUCUCAUUUCCGUGGCGCAGGUACGACCCUCGGAGGCGACGAUGCUCCUUCCCGGACCAUCCCAGACCCCACGGCCAAUAUCCCCGCACCGCCCCCGCGCGCCCACCGCGAGCUUCACCUCUGGCGUGACGGCUUCUCAGUCGACGACGGCGACCUGUUCCGCUACGAUGAUCCCGCAAACGCACGCACACUGGAGAUGAUCAACACAGGUCACGCUCCACUACAUAUCCUAAAUGUAGAACAUGGCCAGGAGGUGGAUGUCGAGGUGCACGCGCACAAGGACGAAGACUACAAGAAGCCAAAGAAGAAGUACGUUCCCUUCUCGGGUAGCGGAAACCGUCUGGGUAGCCCCACCCCGGGUGCAAGCUCAGCGGCUGCUCCCAUGCCGGCUACUGCUUCAAGUAGCACGGCAGCCUCGACCCCAGGGGCUUCUGCGCAACCUACCGUCGACGUCGACUCAUCUGCUCCUACCCUUGCCCUCCAGAUUCGCCUCGGUGACGGUACACGGCUGUCGUCGCGCUUCAACACGACACACACUAUUGGCGACGUCUACGACUUUGUCACCAGGGCUAGCCCCGCCAGUCAGGAUCGCGAGUGGGCGCUCAUGACCACGUUCCCCAGCAAGGAAUUGACGGACAAGGCCCAGGUUCUAGGCGAUAUUUCAGAGUUCAAACGUGGUGGUGUAGUAGUGCAGAAGUGGAAGUGAAGACGUGCUUUACGUCGGUGCGCCCUCGAGUCCAGAAUUGCCGUUCAUCGCAGAUGGUGCGGGGUGCGGAUAAUGGAAGAUUCAGAGGGUGAAAGGUUACGCUGAUCAUGACAAUAUCAUUGCACGCAGAUGCAGAAGGCGUUAUGGCAAAAUGCAUGAUAGACUUGGGAACGAUAGCUGGAUAGCAUUCAUGACAAUAUCGAUCCUGCAGGAUGCACAAGUUGCACAACCUGCCAAAUGUGUUACCCGUUGUUAUCUGGCAUGGUGCAUUGCAUUGCAUGAACUCGACAAGUGUGCGCGUCGUCGCACUGCAGCCCGUCUGUUUGGCGGUCGCCUCACGAUUGGCGG